AAAUUACUAUGGCCAGGUGCUCUCCAUUUUCUUCAUCCAUCCAGUGGAGAGAGGAAAGAGAGGGGGAGGAAGAAGAAGAAGAAGAAGAAGAAGAAGAAAGAAAGAAGAUGAGUGAGAGGCCGGUACCGAGGAGAGAGAGCCCUUGGGGCAUAUCAGGGGAAAAUCACCGAGAGCCAAAGGCACACAGAUGCAACGAUCGAGCCGAAGAUGUCGUCCAAGCAUGUUUUGAAGGCAACCCAUUUAAGACUGUUCCGGGGCCUUUUAAGCUCUUCUGGCAGUGCAUGCGCUCAAAACCUGGGGAAGAACCAACUGAGCCGUUUUCCUAUUUGCAAUUGGAUCCUCCAAAUAGAGAAGUGAAACUUGAGUAAAGCCUAUGCUGGAAUGUCCUUAAAUCCCUUUUUAUGUGGAUCUUUGCAACCUUAGAAUGGCAGUUUUUGUUUUGUUUUUGAUGAAAAUAGGUUGACUCGAGGCAAUACUUAUAUUCUGGCUUUCGCUGUUUGAAUAAUAUAUGUAUGACAAAAAAUGUCAAUUUGGAGUCCAUCCCUAUUCUUACUUUUGCGAAUUUAACAUGACGACCUAUAAAUUAAUCUUUUUUGUAUGAAACAA